GACGCGUGGCCCAUAUAAGGCCGGGGCGCGGGAGGGUAGCGGGGGUUGUUCGCCUCGUGCGGGCGGUGAGGGCGCGAUGGGCUCCCGCGGUCCCGCGAUGGACGCCGGACUGGGGCCGCUCGGCCGCGGCGACGCCGUCACCCUGCGCGUCCGCGCCGUGGGGCUGCGCCCCGACGUGCCCCUUCUGAGGCUCUGGGGGCUGCUGGGCGAGCGCAAGGCCGACUACGCCCGCCUCCACCGCGAGAUACAGGCGGCGGCGGGGCCGCGCCUGGCCGCGCGCUCCGAGCCCGGCGGGCAGGCGGCCGGCGGGGUGGGGCUGUGCCCUGGUGAGUUGGGGCUCGUAGAGAUGCUGGGGCUCUGGUACCGCUGCUGCGUGGUGAGUUGCAGCGCCCAGGGGUACCGCGUGUUCCUGCUGGACGAGGGGUACCUGGUGGCCACGUCCGCCUGUUACCUGGCGCGGGGCUGCCCGGAGCUGUUCCAGCUGCCGCCGGAGGUGCUGGGCUGCGUCGUGGCCAAUGUCAUGCCCUCCCAAGGCCCUGAGGGCAAGGGCUGCGGGGACUCACCGGUCUCCAAGUGGACAGUGGAGGCGAUGGAAUUCCUCAGCUUCCUGCACGGCAAGGAGGUGUCUGGUGUGGUGCAGGAGGUGAUGUCCCCGCAGCUCAUCGUGCUCGAGCUGCCCCAGCUCGUGGCCCAGAUGCAGCAGCUGGGCUUGGCCAGGCGGGUCUCUCCUGUGUGGUUCUACCAGGUGCUCAGGCGCUGCCUGCCUUUUGGCCACCUAAAGCAGCAGCUCUGGCAGCAACAGCCCUCAACAUGUUCCCUUGGAGCUUUUGCAGUGCCUCAGCUUCUCCACGUGCUGCUGUCAUAUCGGCCCCUGUCACCUGCCUUGGAUUACUUCUACCCACAGCUUCAGCUGGGUGUGACAGAGCCCGUCCUAGUGACCCAUGUCUCUGACCCACAUCACAUCUACUGCCAGUUGCAAUGCCUGUCCCAGGAGAUCCGUUGCCUUUCUGAUACCAUGUGCCAUGUUUAUGACCGGUGGGAGCAGGAUUUAUUGCCCAAGGUGGGCUCACCCUGUGCUGCCCGUGGCACGGAUGGCCAGUGGUACCGUGCCCUUCUGCUGGAGCUUAUUACAGGGGAGCAGGACCAGCAGGCAGCUCUUGUGAUCUUUGUGGACUAUGGCAGGAAGGAGACUGUGACCAGAGCUAACCUGCGCCAUUUGCCUGCUGAGUGUUUUCAGAUGCCUGUGGUGACUUAUGUGUGCGCUCUUCAGGGUGUUUCUGAUGGGGGCUGUGGCUGGUCCUCGUCACAGAUCGAUGUGCUGAAAGCACUGGUGCAAGGCAGAGGAGUGAGUGCUCGCAUCAAAGCCUUUAACUCCUUUGAGCAUCUCUAUUACGUGACCCUGUAUGGGGAAAGCGGCGUCAACUUGAACCAUCUUUUUGGGUCUCAGGCUUGCUGCCUGGUCAGCAGUUGUAAGCAGGUUAGCCAAACUGAGGCUCGUGGGCAGCUGGGAUUAGAAGGAUCCUCAGCUGGAGAAUUGGAAUUGCCAUCAGAUGCACCUCCUGUCUUAACACACAGAGAUUUGGGCUCUGCUGGUGUACCUGGUGUACAGCUGAAGACCUGUGUGUUCUACAGUGCACAGGUCUCCUACCUCCGAGAUCCAUCUGAGUUCUGGCUGCAGCUCAAUGAGCACCACCAGCUUUUCAGGCAGCUGAGGCAGUGCAUGUGGAAUUUCUACUCCCAUGCCACGAAGCUGGAUGGUGCUGGGUGGGACCCACACCCUGGAUCCCUUUGUUGUGCCAGUGGGAACGAGGGUGGCUUUUAUCGAGCGGUGGUCACCAGGGUGCUGGACAGUGGGGUGGAAAUAUACCUGGUGGACAGGGGCAGUACGGAAACUGUGGAUCGGUGUGCAGUGAAGGACCUGCUCCCUCGGUUCAGGGAAGUCCCUGCUCUAGCUCUGAAGUGUUGUUUGGCAGGUGUCUCCCCUCUGAGAGGGGCUUGGAGUGAAGCAUCUGUGUCUGCGUUCAGGGAGAUUGUGCUGAACAAGGGACUGAAGGUUUGGUUUUUGAGUUUGAAGGGUGACAAAUACAUGGUUGAAAUUUUUGACCAGACCCAGUUAGGAGAGAAAAGAGUAAGUAAACUCAUGGCCCAGGGAGGUUAUGCUGAAUACCAGAGGUGUGAAAUAUCCAAGACUCUCCAGAAUUCAGAUGAAAAGGCUGUGACACAGGCCUCUUCCCUAGGAAAUAGUGCAGAGGAAAAACAAAUAAAUGCAGAGAAGAGGCUCAGAGAAGAGUCUGCUCUAAAGAGCAAUGAUAGAGCAGUUGAUCCUGACAUCACUGUGAUGGUCAGAGAGAGCCCUGUUGCAGUCAUUCACAGUUCUAAAAGUAGUGAAUCUCUUCCUACUCAGGAAUAUAAGGGCAAGGGAAACUUGCACGUGCCUUUGAGACAGAAUUAUGUGGAAAUUAAGCCAGGUUAUUCUUGUGGAGGCCACUUAGAAGUGGGAAGUACUGUUAGUGUUAAUUUGUCAUAUGUUGAAAAUCCUAGUGUUUUCUGGUGUCAGUUGAGUAGAAAUAGCCAUGACCUUGAGUUACUAAUGGAUGAAAUUCAGGAGCACUGUAAGAAUUCAUCCCAGCCACAUGUUUGGCCAAAUCUUGUGUGUUUAGCCCAGUACUCAGAGGAUAAGAAAUGGUACAGGGCUUUAAUUGUUAGUGAAGCACUUCGUGCAGAAAAAGUAGAAGUUGUCUAUGUUGACUAUGGCAACAGAGAGCAGGUGUACCUGUCAAACCUCCGUGCAAUUGAUGAGCGCUUCCUCAGGUUGGAGGCUCAGGCUUUCAGGUGCAGCCUUUAUAACUUAAUCCAACCCAAUGGUCAGAAUCCUUUUGCUUGGGAAGAAGAAGCGAUUAAAACUUUUCAGCAGUUUGUUGUUAAUUCGUCAUCUGAACUUGAACUGAAGUGUACAAUAUUUGCCUUGGCUUCAAUAAAUAGGGACCUGUUUAACAUCGUAGAUUUAAUAACACCUUUUCAGAGUGCUUGCCAGUUUCUGACUCAGAGAGGUGUAGCCAGACCUUUAUUUCCUCAAAAGCAUCUGGCAUCCUUGGUUCAGCUUCAUUCUUACUAUUAUUCUAAUCAUGGUAUCAAAAUUGGGAGUGAGGAAGAAGUUUAUAUUACACACAUUGAGGAUCCAUGGACGUUUUAUUGCCAGCUUGAAAGAUGUGCAGAUACCUUAGCACAGUUGGCUGAUAACAUCAGUCACCUGAGUGAAACAAUGACCAGCACAGGAACCUUGAGAACGUCUGGGAGCUUGUGCCUAGCAAGGUAUGCUGACAGUCAGUGGUACAGGGGAGUAAUUAUGGAAGCACAACCUAAGGCAAAAGUCUUCUUUGUGGAUUUUGGGAACACAGAAACCGUAGAGGAAGACGAUCUGCUUCCUUUACCCAGUGAUGCUUCUGAUAUCCUGCUUGUGCCAAUGCAGGCCAUAAAGUGUUCCAUAUCUGAUGUAUCUUCUGUUUCCAAAGAAGCUGCAACAUGGUUUAAGGAAGCUGUCCUAGAAAGGCAAUUAAAAGCAAUAGUAGUAGCAAAGGACUCUGAUAAUACACUGCUGGUUGAAUUGUUUGAUAGUAAUACUCAAAUUAAUACAAAACUGAAGGAGCUAAGCCUAAACAACGCAACACUGUGUAGUCAUGUAGAAAGUGGCACUCAGUGCUCUAGAAAUGGAGAUGUGAAUGAGACUGCAGUGUCCCCUUUAAAUGCAGGGAGGCCUCUUGAAAGCAAAAAAUGCGGAUCUGAAGCUCAGGGAGGACAAGGGAGCAAAAGGCACUUCAAAGAAGAUGUAAACCUUUUCCAGCCCUCUAGCAAGGGAGAUCUGGCAGCUGGAUUACUAGAAUCUGAUGAAAUGCUUAGCAGUAAAAAGGAUGCUAUUUUGUUAAGUAAAGCAGGGGAGGAGUCUCUGCUCUCUAUCCAGAUGGAUACACGGUCAGAUAUUAAAUCUGGUGCUGAAGGCAGGUGUGUAAUGCUUAAAAAUGUGUCUGAUCUACCACAACAGAAGAUAGUGCCAGCUCAUAAAACAUUAGUGUAUGUGUCUUAUGUCAAUGAUCCUCUGGAUUUUUAUGUUCAAUUAGGGAGUGAUGAGGUUCAGCUUAACAGCAUUUUGGAAAGUUUAAACAAUGGGACACCAGCGAAGAAUCCUUGUGGACAAUUUUUCCAAGCAGGAGAUUUAAUCAGUGCUGUUUAUUCAGAAGACAACCUGUGGUAUAGAGCUGCAGUAAAAGAGAAGACUUCUGACAAUUCAAUAAGGGUACACUAUAUUGAUUAUGGUGAUACUUCAGUAAUUAGUGUUCAUCAAGCACGCAGGCUCCCUGAGGACUUGUCAUCUAUUCCAGCAAUAAGCAUUCACUGCUUCCUAGGUGGACUUAAGUGCAAAAAAAAUACAGACUGGGCAGAGAAAACAGUGCUUUACUUCACCAAGAGAACAAGUGAAAUUCUGCUGUCAUGUGAAUUUGUAGAAAAGGUUGAGGAUAAAUGGGAAGUUAUUCUCAGUGACCAUCAAGGUAUAAUAACAGUGGAUUUACCUAAUGAUCUUGCAAGUACAGAGAGAUCUUGUUCAACUGAAAUAAUUGAUAAAAGAGAGAACAGUGACAUGAUAACUUCAUGUGAGCCUUUGCCUUCUCAGGCACCAAGUGAGGUUUCCUGUGAUUGUAAAUCAUUUAUCUGGAAGUUUCCAGAGGCAGGUCAGACUUUAAAAAUUUACAUCACAGUAGUAAAUGGCCCAGAAUACUUCUGGUGUCAUAGUGCUGAUACUGAACACUUGAGCUACAUUGACAAAAAAAUAGAGGAAGCUGAAAAGCUUGGACUGAGCUCUUUGAGUGAUGGCAGAAUAUCUUGUAUUAAAGGCGGUCAUACUUGUCUAGCAAAAUACAGUCAAGAUGGAUGGUUCUACAGAGCUCAGAUCGUCAGUGUAAAAGGUGACAGCGUAGUUGUUCGACAUGUGGAUUACGGAAGCCAGGAAGCUGUUGGCAUGGAGAUGGUCCGACAGAUUCCAUGUGAACUGCUCAGAGUACCUGGUCAGGCAUUUGCUUGCUGUCUGUCAGGUUUCAGUGCUUCAGAGGGCUCAUGGCUUAGUGAAGCAAAUCAGAAGUUUUAUAAUAUGACUGCAGACCUUGUAUUAGAAGCUGAAGUAGUAGAAACUCAGAAAGAUAAAGAUUCUGAAGUUCCUCUCUGUGUUGUCAAGCUGGAAGCUUCUGGCAAUAGUAUUAAUGAAGAGAUGAAGCCUUUUUGGAAGGCUAAUAAAGGAACUGGUGACAGUGCUUUCUCAAGUCUUGACAACCUCUUAAAGGAAAAUAGAAGUUCAAACAGUGAUAUGGGUCUUUGUCUUGAAAGAGAAACUACUGCUGUUUGUGGAUUAGCUCAGGAAGGAAGUGCUUUACUUCGUUCUGAACCUUUCCUGGGUGUAACUUCUGAAUGCUUAGAAACUGCAGAAGCAAAUGUAUCAGUGGGAGCUGCCAGUGGGAACGCUGAUGAUGGAUAUGAAACAGCAGAGCAUCAGAACAGUUUUGAUAAAGAGGUACCUCUGUCUGAAGGCGAUAGUGAUAACAGUAUGUUACUAGAACCAAUGAGAUGCUGCAGCCCUCAUAUUUCAGGGAGUGAAGUGACAGCUUCAGAACAAGAACUGUCUGAAGUACUGUUUGGAGAGGAUGCUGAGCUGCAAGCAGAACUGACGGGCAGUGCUUCAGCAGCCAACCUCUUUCUAGGAAACAAACCAGAAGAGCUGCAGCAAUUGCCAGUGCUCCAGGCACAGCCAUCUUCCAGCGAAGGAACUGGGAUGUUAGUAGAACUGGAUCCAUUAGAAAUGCACUAUUCAUAUGAUGAUCUAAAAGAGUUCCUGCUGGAUCUAGAGGCACUUUCAGCCAAGUCCUCCUUCAGUGAAGAAACAAAGGAAGCCCUGGAAACAAAGUCACUUGAAGUGCAGACAGCAUCAGGCAGUGAAACAAGAGAGACAGUGUUGGAACAGGAAUUGCUGGAGCUGCCAGUUUGUAGUGAGGAGACAGGAGAGUUGGCAGCUCUGAACUUUCUUGAAAUUUUAACAUUACUUAAUGAGAAAGAAAACCUGGUGCCUUCAGUUAGUGAUGGAAAGAAGUCAGAAGAGCCGAUUCUGCCUGUUGUUCAGCCUUCUUUGGGAGGGAACCCAAAGAAACUGAGAGUGAAUUUGUCCGGAAUUCAUCAGGCAGAAGAUCUACUAGGUGAUUGGAUGGAAGCAGACGCCCCUCCCCUAAGGCUGUCAUCAUCUGGUGGCAGACCUGAGAAACAACUGGACCUGAAGACCCAUGACAAGCAGUCAGUCGUAAGUGCCAAGUUUGGGCACUUUCUGGAACUGGUGCUGCCUGAUGUUCAGCCUUCUCAGGAAGACAGGGAGGAGGACUUGUUAGAGCUGGAACAUGCUGUGCUGCAGAAUUCUGCAAAUAGUGGAAGUCAACUUUCAUUUCUUACGAAAGACUCAGUGGAUCAGAGGCCUGUUUUCCCUGUAAAAUCAUGUGACUACAAAGUUAAGAAACGUAAGGGGAGGCAGAAGCAGCAAGAUGACUGUGUGGAAGAGUGGAUGAAACAAGACUUGACAGACUCAUUUAAAGAGUGUGGAAAUACGCAUGGGCAGUCGUCAGGCUGUAAGUCUGGGGAUGAAGAAGAAGAAAAGCAAAACGAGAACUUGGCUGACUGCAGUGCAGCACACCCUGAAUAUCCUUGUAAUCUGAAGGGCUUUGCUGUUGGUUCCAAAUGUGUGGUGUGGACCUCUCUCCAGUGGUGUGAGGCUCGCAUUUUGGAGAUAUCUGAAAAAGGUACUAGGGUCUUGAAUCUCUCCAGUGGCAGUGAGGAAAUUGUGGCUCCUGAGAAUGUCUGGAACGGUAUUCCUGACUCGGCUUGCGGAUCAUCUGAGGCAUUAACCUCUGCAGCAGAAAACUUCCAGUCUUUACCAGAGGAGUCCUUGCUUCAUGAAAAGCAAACCGGCCACAGCUGUGAUUUAGUUGAAGAUAUUUGUGCCCUCCAGCAUUGCUAAAACCAAGUGACAUGUUCACCACAUGAAACUGAUUAAGUACCUGUGUGCCAAACAUUCCCAUGGAAAUGUGUUCAUGGGAAUGAGAACACAAGACAAGCAUUGAGUUGGUUUUUUUUCUCCCUAACUGACUAAAUGCCUGUCACUACUGCACUUCCUUGUCAAAGAAGUGUUGAUGGUAGACAUUGUCGACUUUUUUUCCUACAGCUGUUGUUGGUAGACUGUUAUUGUUAGCUUGUUUCUCAUAACUGUACUUUCUUUACUGAAAUAAGUUUGCCUCUUGACUGGCAUUUCUUAUUGUGUGUGGGUGCACUGACUUGUAUCGAGUUCUUGUAUUAAGGUGGGUGGUUGUUCAAAAAAGGCUUCUUAUGAGUUUCUGUAUAUGCUAUUUGUUGUACAGCACUGCUUGCUGAUGUUUGCUUUUGGAAAGCAAAAGUUACGUUGUUACAUGGGGUUUUUUUUCCUCAAAAAAAAAAAAAAGAAAAUUGAGGGUAUUUUUGCAGGGGUGUGGUGGGGGGAGGAAGGUUUUUUUCCUCCGUUGGGAAAUACAGUUGUUUUGGGUUGAAAUCUUGCAUUUGGUGCUGUUCUAAAGCAAUGGAAGAAGCUAGAAUAAAGCUUUGGCUGACAUAUA